CUAAAAUUCAAAAGCAGAGAAGAUGGGAGAAGUAGUAUUGUUCAUAGAUGAAACAUAUUUGAAAUCGAGUUUUAAUCGCUGUAGAAUCUGUCACGAAGAAGAAGCUGAGAGCUACUUUGAAGCUCCUUGUUCUUGUUCAGGAACCAUCAAGUUCGCUCACAGAGAUUGCAUACAACGAUGGUGUGAUGAGAAAGGAAACACUAUUUGUGAAAUUUGUCUCCAGGAGUAUAAACCUGGAUACACCACAACUUCAAAACCAUCUCGACUGAUUGAAGCAGCAGUCACAAUCAGAGAUAAUUUACACAUAGCGAGAAUAGAAAAUGGAAGAAGAAGAAAUAGAAGAUUAGUGAAUAGAGAAGAAUCAGAUUUUCAAGAAUGCAACUCUGGUGUUGAUAGAGGCGCCUCUUGUUGUAGAUACUUGGCUUUCAUUUUUUCGGUUGUUUUGUUGAUAAAGCAUGCAUUUGAUGCGGUUUAUGGAACUGAAGAAUAUCCCUAUACAAUAUUCACGGUAUUAACAUUGAAGGCCAUAGGCAUACUAUUGCCAAUGCUAGUUAUCAUUAGAACCAUCGCAGCUAUUCAAAGGAGUCUCCGAUAUCAAAUUCUCGAAUCUGAAGAAGAUACAUUGAGCUCUGAAGAAGGAGAUCAUGGUUUCGAGGAGGAAGAGCAACAACAACAUUUGGCUUGAACUUUUUUUUUUCAUUUUCUUCAAACCUUUAUUCAGAAAAUAUGGAAUGUACCCCCACAAAAUAGGAAUAUGUAACCAUUAGCAAAUGUAUAUUAUGUUAAGGACUAUACGUAGAUGUUAAUCAAAUAUUUAAACAUAA